AUGCGCUUCGGCGUACGGGGUCACGUCGUGUGGCGGGACGGAGGGGCAGGUGCUGCAGCAGCUCCCGCACCGGCGCCGUGCCCGGGCGGACACGAGAUCUCUGUGGCCUACGGGCGAGCCACGGACGAUCAUGUCUCGCUCGUGCGGUGGCCUGUCGCCACGCCACACUUCUGCGCCGAGCUCGGCAAUCCCGGCAAGGCCCCGAUGGCACGGGUCUUGCCCCGUUUGGAUGCAAUGCCGCACCCCGACCGUGUUCGUGAUACCAUCCAAG